AUGUAUGUGAUUCCCGCCCAAAAUACAAUCGGUAGAUUCUCAUUCCCGCAGAGGACCGGCCAGCAAGGUUUAAAGCCCAAACCAGAGCCACAUGGACGCCGAGGGUUUCCGUCACCUACUUCCCCGGUGCCCGCAUCCAUCAUCAACACUACAUGCUCACAAAAGAUGGACGCCCAUUUCGACGUCGAUGACGUCCGCAGUAUAUAUGUCGACGAGAACAACCAAAGGGAUAUGCAAUAUGGCCUGAGCGAAGAGCCCCUCAUCCCGAAUGUAUACGAACCCAUUGCACAGAGUGAAUCUCUUCGUGCUCGCAGUGCCAGCCCUCGGCUCGAGAGUGGUACUUCCUUCGAAUGCCCAUACACCAUCAGCCAAAACUCCGACUUCACCAAGAUGCGAGUACAGCGCAGGGUGGCAGAGAACAAGACAAAGUGGACUGGCUCAACUCAACCAAGUAACCGAUUUCACGAGAGUGCGGAUUUCAACAACCAUGUCGACAGGAUGGCGGUGAAGAGGAGGGCAAGAGGAAGUUGUCUCAGCCAUCAGAGACCAGAUGCGGACUGGAAACCGGCUGAGCCACAGUCACGCCAAUCGAGCUGGGAGAACUGGCGACAGGCUGGCGACAGGCUCUUUGGUCACUCGUCUAGAACUCGGCAAUGA